AUGCCCUCGCUGUGCUCGGCACUCUCCGAGUGCUGCACGCAACAGGACAGCGCCAGCCUGCUGAGUCAGCGACGCUCUCGCUCCCCUCCCUUCCACCUUGUCCUGCCUUCCUUCCCCCUGAUUUCUGCCAUCCCCGCCCUCAAUGCCUCCGACCUGCAGCGCCUGCUGGAGCGCCAGGUCGGCACGCGGCAGGAGUUUGAUUCCAAGCACAUGUACACUGAGGAGCGGCUGGACCGCCUGGAGGCGCUCUUCAAAGAGCACGACGCGCGCCUCGGCCACGUCUGCGAUGCCAUCAUCAGGAUCAGCCCCGACACCCAGGGCGUCUUUGGGGCCGGGGCCGCCGCGGCCACGCUGCCGCGCACGGCGGUUCCCGAGUCAUGGGAGGACGAGGACAAGGUGGUCGGGGACGAGUUCGCGGCCCUGAGCACUGGCCUGGAGCGCGUGGAGAGCCUGGUGCAGGACGUGUCGCGGGCGGCGUCGCGCGCGUCGACGCGCGGCCAGUCCCUGACUGGCGUGUGA